CAUACACCUUACCUAUUAUUACCGAAUUCGUGUUACGAUCUUAUUCUCAGAUUAUCAAUUUAUUUUCAUAGUUUCCAGUCCCAAUUUAGAAUAAGUGACACCUUAUUGUCACGGAUGUAAAAUAGUAAAAAAAAAAAAACCUGAUGAAAGUAGACAGCAAAUGCCAAUAAAAUCUGAAAAAAACAUAAAUUAAAGGGUGGGUAGCAAAUUUAUAUCAAUUUUUUAACAGUUAUUUUUAUUAUCACAGUAACAUUUUUUUGUAAUGUUGCAUACGGACGUGUGUAGAUGAUGAUACGUAGUAUAUUCUGUUUUGUAAUUCUUACAAGACUUAUCAGGUACAUACGUUAUUGAUAUAUUUUUUUAAAUAACUGCUAGAGCUUAUGUAAUCUAGCCUUUGUAAAAGCCCUGAAAAAUACUGGAAAAUGACAGCCAUAAAGUUGUUACAUCUUUAUAAUGAAGUGAGAUAAUAAUGAUAUUUUUGUAGUCAUUUCCCAAGUUGAGUACAAAAGACAAAAAAAAAUACACAAAGCCGUCCAGAGAGCACCUUUAGUUUUUAACUUCACACGCCCACGCACUCAUGAUGGAAAAUUUCGCCACAUUUAUUAGACUUUAUACGUCGUCUUAGAGUUGGUUAUGGUAUUGGCGGACGGCAUUUGUUUUUACCACAUGAGUUUGAAUCUCGGGAAUCCCUUGGCGCCAACUUCACGGAGGUGUCGAACGUUAUUCGUCUACGAGUGAUUCGAUUACUCGAUAUUCGGCCACGAAUAGAUUUGUGCAUUCUCGAGCACCCGUCGAAUGGUCGAAGUCACCAUACGAGCAUCACGUGUGAUGCAUGAAGCAAAUGCAAGGUUGCCGUACUGUCAAGAUUAUUUCUACUAAUCGGAUGGAGGAACGAUGGGAAAGGUGCCACUGGAAAGUGGCGGGCAAACACUUUCGUUUUUGUAAACGUAAACAUAUCAAUCUCCGUUGCGAGGAAUCAGAUUUGAGUGCAUAUAAAGAUGGAACGUGCGGGGAAUCCAACUCAGGAUCAGAAAAAUAUGUUGGUCUACUUCCUACAGCAGCAUCCGGAGUUGGUAUCUGGAAAAUUCAAUAAAGAUUUCACAUAUAAAAUGGGGCAAAAUCUGUGGAAGGAAGUGGCCCAAAAUAUGAAUGCAAUAUCAGGUGCAAAAAAAGAUUGGAUGCAAUGGAGAAAAUGCUGGCAAGAUAUGCAAUCACAUGCUAAGAAGAAAAAGACCAGUAAUAUGCGUAAUGCUUGUAAAACCGGUGGAGGUCCAAGUGAGACACAAACACUGACACCACUUGAGGAUAGUGUUGUUGAUCUGGUUGGUUCAACUUCGAUUAUCGGUGACACGACUGUCAAUGAAUCGGAGACAACUUUUGUCUUUGACUGCACUGCCCCAUCUGAUCAGAUUGACGAGUCAAUAAAUUAUGCACACGAAGAAUGGAAUGAUAUUAAUCAUAAUAACGUUGCACAUGAUGAGGUCUACAGAAAACAGCUUGUGACUUCAGUGUUGCAGAAACGUAUCUGCCAACCCACAGCGAGAGAACAAGGCUCAACGAGUACUCACAUUGGUACAAAUGUAGCAGUAGGAUGUAGCAGUAUUUCGAUGGACGACAACAUAGAAUACAUAGCACCUAAAAGGAAAGUUUCUGAAGCAAAGCAGCCUCCUGUAAAGAAGUUAAACACUUCAAUGCGCGAUAAAGAUAACAACCACUCGGCCUCACCUGCUAGUAGACCUGUAUUCUCACGCUCCAGGCCUAUAUCUGCAGCCCGUCGUCUUACCGAAGUUACGAAUUACACGAAAAACCUCAGUUGCAUAUCUGAAAAAGAUUUGGAAGUCCGUAAAAAUUAUUAUGACAGCAAGCUAAAGAUCUGUAAGGAUUAUUAUGAUGCCAAACUGAAGCUUCUGAAAUUAGAUGUUGCCGCGAAACAGCGAAUAGCGAUAGCUAUCGAAAACUUGAAGCAGGACAUACAGAAAAGCACGCAGGAGGACGCGCAGAACAUGCAGGGAAGCAUGCAGGAGGACACGCAGGGCAUCCAGGAUAUUAUGCAGGAGGACCAGCAGGACAUGCAGAAAGAGUAUCUUGAAGAGUAUCUGGAAUAGUUGAAUUA